AUGCAAUCAUACAUCGCCCUCGCUGGCGCUGUCGGCCUUGCCGCAGCUGCCUACGCACCAAAUUACAACGACGACGCCCGAGCGACCACCCAGGCAGCUGCCUUCCCAGGUCAAUACGAAGCUCCUGCCGCCUUCCGCACUGUGGAUGCCCAACUUCCAGCCUAUUCAUCUUCCGCCGACAAUGCCCGUAUCGAGCCAUACCAUUCGGAGGCCCUCCGGUUAACAUCUCCACUCGCAUGGUCCACGACAGAGUACAUUAGCACGUCCGCUUACGAGACCUACUGCCCAGAGGCCACCACGUUGACCUUUGACACGAAUACUUACWCCGUUACUGCCGCCACCACGUUGACCGUGUCCGACUGCUACAACGGCUGCGAAGUCGUCAAGCCACUGCCUACCACAACCAUCUAUCAGACCGCCCCACAUGUUACGACCACAAACUUCGAGACUUAUGUCCCGAAACCCACAAUCCUCACAUUUUCGGCCGAGACUUGGACUGUCACCGAAGCUACAACCUUGACCAUCCCUCAGAAGAUCACCACCACUUCGGUGUUCAAGACGGUGAUUCCCAUCCAGCCAACUUACGCGCCCACCUCUUUCGUCAAAGUCACCACGGCGGACAAGUCUCCAGUAUCCCCAGUUGAGACGAUUGAGCCAUAUGUGCCAGCAAAAUCUGAGCCAGUCCAGACCCCCGAGGCAUAUGUGCCAGCCAAAUCUGAGGAGGCUCCAGUUCAGACAAUCGAGCCAUUUGUACCGGCGAUGACGGAGGAGCCAGCGGCCAUUGUGCCUACUACUGCCACUUACGACGCCAUCGUUCCACCAUACCCGAGCGCUCCUGCUAUGACCACUCCAGCCUACUACCAGCCAACUGGCACUGGUUCUGCUCGAGUUUACCCAACWCAGCCUGUCCUAUACACAGGUGCAGGUAGCCGUGUCGGCGCUGGCGCCCUCAUGGCCGUUGUCGGUCUCGCUGCUUUCUUUUAG